AUGCUGAUUGUCGAUGCCGACUUGAGUCAGUAUAACGUCAGUGCCGACGAGCUCGAGUUGCUUGAACAGUACCAGCUCAUGGCGCGACAGCUCCGCCAGCUCGAGGCGCAGUUGACGGAGAUGGAAGGGACGGUGGCCGAACCAGGUAACCCGAGGAUCCUUGCCGAUAACAUGAGAGGGUUGGAGAUGAAGAUGGGGGUGAUGCACGCCUUCUUUAAGAGUUCUGUGUAUCUGGUAUUGAGACAAGCCCGCGACGAAGCCCGCAACCCGUAG